AUGGGGGACUUCAACCACCCCGAUAUCUGUUGCAGGGACAAUACAGUGGGGCAUAAGCAGUCCAGGAGGUUCCCGGAAUGCAUUGAUGACCACGAAGUGGAGUUCAAGAUCCUUAGGGCGGUCCAGAACUACGGCCUUACCAUCCCCCAUGUCCAGAGGAAACAUUUGCCCAACAGCAGUUCCAUGAUUGUGUUCCUCCUCCUGGAAUUUGCAGACACACGGGAGCUGCAGCUCUUGCACUUCUGGCUCUUCCUGGGCAUCUACCUGGCUGCCCUCCUGGGAAGCGGCCUCAUCACUGCUGUAGCCUGCGACCACUGCCUCCACACUCCCAUGUACUUCUUCCUCCUCAACUUAUCCCUUCUUGACCUGGGCACCAUCUCCACCACUGUCCCUAAAUCCAUGGCCAAUUCCCUGUGGAACACCAGGGCCAUUUCCCACCCAGGAUGUGCUGCUCAGGUCUUUCUGUUAGUCUUUUUGAUGUCAGCAGAACUGUAUCUCCUCAUUGUCAUGGCCUAUGACCGCUACGUUGCCAUCUGCAAACCCCUGCACUAUGGGACCCUCCUGGGCAGCAGAGCUUGUGUCCACAUGGCAGCAGCUGCCUGGAGCAGUGGGUUUCUCCAUGCUGCGCUGCACACUGCCAACACAUUUUCACUACCCCUCUGCAAGGGCAAUGCUGUGGACCAGUUCUUCUGUGAAAUCCCCCAGAUCCUCAAGCUCUCCUGCUCAGAUGCCUACCUCAGGGAAGUUGGGGUACUUGUGUUUAGUGCCUGUUUAGCAUUUGGGUGUUUUGUUUUCAUUGUGCUGUCCUAUGUUCAGAUCUUCAGGGCUGUGCUGAAGAUCCCCUCUGAGCAGGGAUGGCACAAAGCCUUUUCCAUGUGCCUCCCUCACCUGGCCGUGGUCUCCUUGUUUAUCAGCACUGGCAUGAUUGCCUACCUGAACCCCCCCUCCAUCUCGUCCCCAUCCCUGGACCUGGUGCUGGCAGUUCUGUACUCAGUGGUGCCUCCAGCUGUGAACCAUCUCAUCUACAGCAUGAGGAAUAAGGACCUCAGGGAUGGCAUUAGGAAACUGAUUACAUGGGCUUCUAUUUUGCACCAAGAAGCAUCCCAUCUCUCCACAAAUGACUGCCAGGGUAUUCCACACCAGUCCUGACCUUUUUUUGUUGUUGUCAUUGUUAUUGUAAUUGUUAUUCUUAAUUCAUAAUAUUCCUACAGUAAUUUUUGGAUUCCUCUUGUUUCUACAGAGGUACGAAUCCCCUUUCUCUUACCUGGAGCCUCUCUAA